GCCGAUGGUUUUUCCCACAAAGCAGCUGGCUGCCAUCAGGACAGGACAGGCCGCUCGGAGGAGAAGGAUACCUCUGGGACCGCUCCGCUUGCUGUCGGGACAGCUGAGGCCGUCUUGCAGGAGGUGUUCAUGGGAUGCACGAUCUACGCAGUCAGCCCCAAGGCCCUGCCUGCUGACGAGGCAGCCAGCCGGGACACUUGCUACCAACCCCCCCAUUACCGCCACCUUCAUGGUAACUGCAGCCAGAGGAUAGCAGCCAGGGCCAGGAGCAUGACCGAGCAGCAGGAGCACACUGAAGAAACAGGCCUGCUCGCUACACAGGACCUGGAUGCCUCCAAGGACGACGACGCACACGGCCACCUCAGGUUUCAACUGAUUGAAGAGUUGUCCUAUGAGGAUGUAAAAAAAUGUUACCGUGGCUCGACUGUCAGCAAGUACAACUCGCAGUACCACAAAGUCUUCCAGUGUGUGCCCAAGGAUGAGCUCCUCAUGAAAGUGUACUCCUGUGCUCUUCUCAGAGAUAUCCUCCUCCAAGGCAGGCUCUACAUUUCAAGAAAUUGGCUAUGUUUCUAUGCCAACCUUUUCGGCAAAGAUAUCAAGGUGGCCAUCCCUGUUGUCUCUGUGCGGCUGGUGAAGAAGCACAAAACAGCUGGCCUGGUGCCCAACGGCUUGGCUAUCACCACAGACACUGGCCAGAAGUAUGUAUUUGUGUCACUUCUGUCAAGAGACAGCGUGUACGACGUCCUUCGUAGAAUCUGCACACACCUACAGGUCAAUGGAAAGAGUCUGAGUUUAAAGCAGUACAUGGAGGAGCCCACCUUAUCCCUGGAUGAAUUCCCGACCCCUGACGAGUUCCCAGUGGUGGAUGAAUUUCCGUCAGUGUUAAAAUGGAGACGGAAGCCCUCGGUGGUGUCUGUGUCCUCCUCCCUUCCUGACCUCCUAGGGAACUCCAGCAGCAGUCUGAGUGCCACAAACACGGCCUUCAAGUCAGAACAACCUCUGGAAGAGCGAGCUUUGCAGACGGACAAAGGCCUUUUAUCAGAGCCAGUGGCAGAGCUUGGCCAGAUGGAAUACCAGCUGCUUAAGUUCUUCACUCUGCUGUUCCCUGACCACAACACGCCUGAUGCAUUCACGGCCACCCGGAACGGAUUAUUCUCCUCAUCCUGUCAUCGUGCUACCUGGCUUUCCGUGUCUGCAGUCUGGAGCAGCAGCUCUCCUUUCUCAGCAACCCACAUUUGCCCCUCAGAGAGAGGUAGCCUUGGCUUGUUCUGGCUGCUGUUCAUUCUUCCCUCACACAGAUCCGGGAUCAGGUCAACUCAUCAAGCCUUUACUCCAUGGGACUGGCGGUGACUUUGAGACUAUGCAAACAGAAUCCUUAUUUGUGUUGUUUAGACAGAGCACAUGACUCUUUGUUGUUGUUUUUGUCAGAGCUACUUUUACAGAAUGAAAAUGGCUACCCAUUUUUCCGACAUUCAUUUUCAUGGCUUAUUUCAACCAACACAUGCUGAAUAUGGUUGUUUUACAUUAGCAAGAACUUUAGCAAACUGCUGGUAUCCACAAGGCACAUUUCAGAAUAUAUUUCAGAAUGAAUUUCUUACUAUUGUUCUCACAUUAUCAACUGAAAACCUGAAUGAGAAGCAGUCUUGGGGGGCCUCAUGUGGUCUUCGAGAACACUGUGUCGGUAAUCUCUGUCAACCCUCACGUUUUUCCCAAGAAACUGGUGCGCUCCUGAUUUAAUAGUUUUGUAUAUUUUAACUUUCCCCUAAUUUUCCAUAUUUUCUGGAUUAUUGCAUUUUUUUGCAAAUGCAAAUGUUGACAGUUUUGCUCCAAGUUGACGUCAGGUGGCCAUUUCCUUUCACUUUCAUUUCAAGUGCACUAAACCAAAUAAGCCGUUGCCACGACGGCACUGACUAAAGCACUUUAAAAAUAUGUCCAUAUAAUAAAUCGAAUCAAUCAAAUGAAUUUUAGAUGUUUGUGUUAUUUUGUAACACAGGUACGUUGUCAUAUUCAAAAGUAUUUAUGCAAUGAAGGAGGCAUGGUUGCGUCAUUCGACUGAAGGAAAUAAUUGUGUGACUGUAAUAUACUGGAGCAAUUUCACACCAUUUGUGUGUUAGUCAUAAUGUGAAUUCAAUUACUAGGUAAUAAGCUAGUACUUUCUAUUUAUAGAUGUAGUGAUCUGGGUUGAGAAUGGUUUAUACAUUUCAAUUGAACAUAACAACAAAAUGAUAUAUACACAAUAUGUUGAAGGAGGCAUUGAUUUAUAUAUUUGUUGAAAGUGGCAUUGAUUUUUUGUCUUGUUUAGCUGUGAAUUCUCUGUUGAUUAAAUUAGACACAGUAUUAUCAAGGAAUUGUUGCUGUGUGUUUUCAUUCAGGAGUACUUGGUUUGAAUGAAUACAAUAAUUUAAUGAUUCUAUUAAAGUUCAUAUACAACGGAUAUGCUAUCUAUG